AUGGCAGAACAGAAAGCCAGGCUCAACAUUUGUAACAAGCAGUUUGACCUGAUGACCUACGGCACUAUCACUGUCAAAUUGCUUCUCUCCUGGGGGAGGCUCUCAAGCUGUGCCCUGGGCAUUCCUCAACCGUGUUUUCUCAUCCACCACCUCAUGGCAGCUUUCAACCUCAGCCCCUCUGACACCUCAACAUUCAUCCUAACAGGCGUCCCUGGCUUGGAAGAUGCUCACGUCUGGAUUUCCAUCCCUUUUGCUACUUGCUACAUUUUCUGUCUGUUGGGAAAUGUCUCCGUUCUGUUUGUGGUAAUAACAGAGCAAACCCUGCACCAACCGAUGUACCUGCUGCUCUGCAUGCUGGCAGUCACAGACAUCACCAUCUCUACCACUGUUGUGCCAAAGGCCCUGGGUAUAUUUUGGUUCAAUUUGAAAGUCAUCACAGUCAAUGGCUGCCUCACCCAAAUUACCUUCCUCAGCACGGCUUUUGCAAUGCACUCAGCUGUGCUUGUGGCCAUGAGCUUUGAUCGCUAUGUGGCCAUAUGUAGCCCUUUGAGAUAUGUUACCAUCCUCACCCACACACGGAUAGCUACGAUAGGACUGGUCAGUUUAAUAAGAGGGAUUCUCUGUGUGGUGCCCUUGCCCCUGAUGCUCAGCCAACUGACGUUCUGCGGCAAACGUAUCAUCCCUCAUACGAUCUGUGAGGGUAUCGUUGUGGCAAAGAUUUUAUGUGGGGACCUCGCAUUCUUCAGGCUCUAUGGCUUGGUGAUUACACUUACUCUUGUUGCGUUAGACCUGACGCUCAUCGCCCUGUCCUACUGUCUGAUCAUCAGGGCUGUUCUAAGAAUCUCCUCCCAGAAAGCCCACCAGAAAGCCCUCAACACGUGCACUGCCCACAUCGGUGUGAUGCUGACCUCUUAUACUCCCUUCCUUUUCUCCAUUGUGACAAAUCGGUUUGGUGAGAUCAUUCCUCCUCACGUUCAAAUCUUCUUGGCCAACAUCUAUGUCCUGGUCCCCACCAUGCUCAACCCAAUUGUUUACGGAGUCAAAACCAAAGAGCUUCGUGUCAAAAUGAUGAAAAACAUCCGAGUUGAAA